UUUCAGAUUUCACAUACGUUCUUGGUGGGAUUGUGAUCUACCCAGUAUGGAUAGUCUACAGCUUCAUCAUGAGUUUCUUUAGGAAACCUCGUCCUGCAAUUACCCUGGAGGACCCUGAAGUGAAAUACCCAUUAAGGCUGAUUGACAAAGAGGACAUUAGUCACGACACGAGAAGAUUUCGCUUUGCCCUGCCAACUCGAGAACAUGUUUUAGGUCUCCCUAUCGGACAGCAUAUUUAUCUUUCAGCACGGAUUGACGGGAAUCUAGUUAUCAGACCCUAUACACCAGUCUCCAGUGAUGAUGACAAAGGCUAUGUGGAUCUCGUUGUUAAGAUUUAUUUCAAAGGGGUCCAUCCAAAGUUCCCCAAUGGAGGGAAGAUGUCUCAAUAUUUAGACAACCUGAAACUUGGGGAAACCAUUGAUUUCAGAGGACCCAGUGGAUUACUUGUCUAUAAGGGAAAAGGCAAGUUUGCCAUUCGUGCUGAGAAGAAAGCCGAACCUGUUCUUAAAACAGUGAAAUAUGUUGGCAUGAUUGCAGGUGGAACUGGCAUAACACCUAUGUUGCAGCUUAUUCGUGCCAUCAUGAAGGACAAAGAUGAUCCCACCACUUGCCAGCUGUUGUUUGCUAAUCAGACUGAGAAAGAUAUCCUGUUACGUGAAGAACUGGAGGAAGUCAAGGUUGAGCAUCCAGAUCGCUUUAAGUUUUGGUACACGUUGGACAGAGCACCUGAGAAUUGGGAGUACAGCGAGGGAUUUGUGAACCAAGACAUGUUCCGUGAACACCUGCCCCCGCCUCAAGAUGAUGUUCUGAUCCUCAUGUGUGGCCCUCCUCCAAUGAUCCAGUAUGCUUGCAUUCCCAACCUGGAAAAACUGGGAUACACCAAGAACAUGACAUUCUCCUACUAAAGAAGAGUUAAUUGUGCUGUAGUGUGGAAAGAAAGCUGACAAAGAAGAGCAUCUAGUUAAUGGGGAACAAGACAAAGUACACACAGGUGGCUGGUGCACAGUGCAGGAAAGCUGUAUUUAGAUUAAUUGCUUAGGUGUCUUAAUGAGUUUGGAAGACAAGGCAUCCAUUUGACUCAAAUUUUAAUUUUGACUCUCUUUUUUGGGUAGCCAAGUUGCAGUGAUACCUGUGUGCUUCCUUUAACAUGUUCUGCAGAGACUGACCAUUGACUACAUGUCAGUGUCAGUUUUCAGCAUUGAAGUGUAAUUUCAGGGAAGUAGGGGGAGGGAAAUGAAGAAGUUGGUUCAAGUGCUUAGCACUGUAAUCACAGGGGUCAGUGGUUACUUCACAGCACUUGAUGUACGUUGGAUAUUGCACAUGGUAUGAAUGGUGGCAGUGCCCCUUUUUACCUUACUAUUGCCAAAUCUUAAUCACAGUAGGAAGGUCAAGAAUCUGCCACAGUCACCUUGCAGAGGUGAAAAGUUCAAAAUGGCCAUUAGUUGAAGUCCAGUGAUUGACAGCUAGAUCUCAUAAAUACACAUACUAGGAACAUCAUUGCCAGUUGUUUUGGAUGGACCUCACAACAAAUCUUUCCUAGCCCUACCAUCCUAAGGACCUGCAAUGAAUUCUUGGUGGGAAGGGGUUUUGUGCACUAAUCCCCUAGCAGCUGGAGAUCAAGGUUUUGAAGAUAAAAGGUUGAAUCUGUUAAAGAGCUGUAGGUGCUAGUGCUUGGCCUUUGAACUGUGUUCCUGCUGUAGAUCUGACAACUUUUCAGAACUGCUCCAGUGAGGAUUUCACUCCUAAAGUGCUAUGCUCAGCUGUGAUGGCUCUACAGGUGGAGAUUUUAAUUACAAAUCUCUAGAAGAACUAAAAAUUCCAUUGGCAAAAACUACUCAUGUGGAGUAAUACUUAAAUGAGUCUUUUUGUCCAUGGUUAUUUGUGAUGUUACUAAGCAGAGGCCUCUCCCCUGCAUACAGUGCUCAAGCAAAACCCCAUUUGUAAAAUUGUCCAAAUAGGAAGUGUAGAAUAAAAUUUAACUGACAGCUUGUCUAGCCAAAUAUAAAAGUGGUGGGCUGAUUCUAGCGUAAGCAUUCUGUACCUACUCUUUUGCCAUGUUUCCAUACAGGAUUUUCUACUUUCCAGCAACAGCGAAGCUCGUGAGACUGAAGCUGUCAAAUUGUAAAAAACUUGCUCUGUAUGUUAAACUGGGGGCUUGAAAAAUCAUAGAAUAUGGUCUGUAUACUAAUGUAGUUUUUCACUGUCUGAAAAGAGUAACAAAGGUACAGCCUGGUAUUCUACACCUAACGGGGAAAGAUAAUAUUCUUACUCACUUUUAGGUUCCUUUUAACUUCCUUUAGUAGCCUUGCUGCAUUGUGGGAGAGCUUGUCAAUGUGUGCUGCUUCCAGUCUCAAAGUUGGUCUUUGGUAGAACUGUAUUGUCCUCUGAGUACAACUGAGGUGUUCCCACUACAAGUCUAAAUCCAGAGCAGGUAAUGUGCAAGUUUAAAGUAAAGCAUUUGUGUUGCUUGUCUUUCUAGGGGACAAAUACCCAAAGAUUUUUUUCUUGUAUUAAGACUUUUGAUGAGCAACUUUAUAGCUGGUUAAUCACAAGCUGUUUUGUAUUACUUAUCAUGCAUAUUCACUUAUUGGCUUUCAAAAUGUUUGUGCAAGAAAUAAAAUAUUUUGCUGAUCA